AUGAUUAUCGCGUACAGCUUCUUUAAGACGCUUGUAGACUCUGAGAUCACGGUCGAACUCAAGAACGAAGUGUGCAUACGCGGAACGUUGAAGAGCGUGGAUCAAUACCUGAACAUCAAGCUGGACAAUGCGGAGGCGACAGACGAGCUGAAAUGGCCACAUCUGUGCUCGACGAAAGACAUGUUCAUUCGAGGUUCCGUCGUCCGAUACGUACACCUGCCUAGUGGCGCCGUCGACACAGCACUACUGGAGGACGCGACGAGGAGAGAGGCGGAAUCUGCGAAGAACAAGGCGAAGUGA